GAGGCCGCGGCCCGGCCGAGCCCUCAGCGCUGCCGGGAGAGCUGGCAGCUCCCUCAGAAGGAUUCCAGCAGUUUUACAGCUGCUUCCCCCUCUCCCGUCUGCACGGGCAGCGGGAUUUGUCUCCCUUUUGCUCUGCCUGGAUGGAUUUAAUGACUCUGUUUCAUUCUGUCGCUCCCAAGGCAGGAGGGAAGCAGCAACAGCCGGCAGCUCAGCUCAACCUUCACCUUUUCCGAAGAAAGGGGGUUGUUUGGUUGGGCAGGGAGAAUUUGAUAUCAAUUGGGGGGGUGUAUCCUUUGAUCUCACCCUGGAGAGGAGCUCCCAAAGGGAAAUCUGCCCCAAAAAAUCCCCGAAAGGGAGAAAGGUGUCAGCGGCAGUAGUGGCUAUUUUAAGGGAGAAUAUUGCAGCGAAGGAGUGGGAGAGGGGUGGGUACCAGACCAGGCCUCCGGAGCACGGUGGGUGCUGCCAGGGAGGGAAUGCUUUGGGAACAUCUCAGGCUCUUCAGUCUGGUGUCCCUGCUCUCUGCACAUCAUCCAUGUGCAUCCCUGUGGUGUGUGCCUGCAGGCACCUGUUGAUUUGCUCCUGUUUACUUCUCCGUCCUUCUGGUGGCUUCUGGGGAGGUGCAACGGGGGAAAGAAGAGGAUUUUAAAAAUUGAAUCGAGGUCAGGCUGGCAGAACUUGGGCAUUGGGACAAGAAGAGGAAACCUCCCCGCCGCAGCUCCAUUUUCCUGGGUGGGGCUUGGGCAGGAUGCCGUCAGGAGAGGGAGGAUGGACUCUGCUGGAUUAAGCUCCCUGCUCCAUCUCAGAACUGACCUCCAAAAGUCUGACCUUCACAGAUUGAAAAAAACCAAAGGAUAAAUUGGUCCCAAGCCAGAGGAGCAGAGUCCUGGAAGUGACUGUGCAGCCUCUGCCCUGGAUUUAUGUAGGACUUGUGCUGACAGAGCAGUAUGGAUGCUUUCUGGAAGCAUAGGAAAAGGGAAAAAUCCUUCCCUGUGAGAGUGCUGAGGCCCUGGCACACAUUGACCAGAGAGGCUGUGGCUGCCCCAUCCCUGGAAGUGUCCAAAGCCAGGCUGUCCAGGGCUUGGAGCCCUCUGAUCCAGUGCAAGGUGUCCCUGCCCGUGGCAUGAUCAAGGUGCUGUACCAUGUCCAGGUAGGACACUGCCAGCAUAACAAGCAUCCCAAGACUGCUGCUUUCAGGCCUUAAGCUCGGGUGGCUCCUCUGCUUCCUGCAGCAGCCGGGCAAGGGAGAAGAGCUGGGAUAGCCCCACGUGUCCAGUCACUGCCCAGAGCACCCCAGGAUGGAUUCCAAAGGCAACGUCCGAAGCGGAAACAAACCCGACGCCAAGGCCGCCAGCUCUGGGAAGCCGGAAAAACCCAACCCUGGGCCUGCCACGAAUGCAGACAAGAAGGAGACCCCCAAAGAGCAGCCUGCUCCUGCCACGGCCACCAAGAAGGCGGGCAGUGAUGCCGCCAUCGCCAACAACCACAGCAACCUGAAAGGCAGCCCCGCCGCCACGGAGGCACAGGAGGCCAGCGGCCAGUCCUCUGACUCUGACCACAAGGGAAACAGCUCCGAGGAGUCACCGGGCAGCUUCUUCGACAACAUGAAGCCCUUGAUCAUCGUCGGAGGAGUGGCGGUGGCUGCGCUGGCUGUGAUUGUGGGAGUGGCAUUCCUAGCCCGGAAAAAAUGAAGACCAAGACGGGGUGGGGAUGAGAAACCCAGCCCAGCUGUACAGCUCCUUUUGAGACAAAUGCAUGCAGAAAAAUUCUAUACAUAGCUAUAAAUAUAGAGAGUGAGCUAGAUAGGUCAACAACAAACACCAACUGCAACUCCAGGGUCUUGUUCAAGACAACUGUGCCAGUCUGACCCGCUGCGGGUAACUCCAUGCACUCAGUGUGUUCUUUCAUGUAAUAUAUCUUGGCUUAUACUGCUGUGUAUAGAUUACAGCUUCUCCUGAUCGGUGUAAAUGACGGUGUCCCCUCCCCUCCCCUGCUGUCCUCCCUGGGAGACACCCCCCCUUCCCCCCUGCAGUCCCGUUUUCAAGUCCAAAGUGUUUUACGUCCCAUUCGCAGUCCCAGUUUGUGUUUUGGUUUCUGUUUGGUUCUGUUUUAACUUGGGCUGUGGUAAAGAAGAUGGAAAGGGAGUGCUAAGGCCUGGCUUGCCCGUCCUGGUGCGCUGGGGGUGUUUUUCCAGCCCCCCCAGGCCAAGGGAAGCACAGUGGCAGGGAAGAGGCAGCUCCCUGACCCAGCAGCCACUGGCAAUCCCUAAUCGGUGUCUGUGUAUCUGCCACUCAUCAUCCCACCUUGGAACACCUGCCUGGGAAGUGCUCCAGAGGAACCAGGGCAGCUGCAGGUGGAGGCUGCAGCGUGGCAGAGCUGAGAGUGAGCCUGGGAUGUCACAUCAGGUCACUCUUCUGGCUGAGCUGCCAGCUGGACAGUGACCAGAGCGGCUGUGCUGUGGCCCAGAGAAGUCUCAUUGCAGCCUUCGGGGUCCCAGGGCUCACCAGGGUCACGUGGGCAGUGUUUAGGAUAGAGAGACUUUGUUUUGGAUCUAGUAUUUCCUGAAGUUAGGCUGGGCUUUGCAGGGUGCUGUGGCCUCAGUCCAAGCUCCCUCGUGGUUGGCUGGACUAUUUAUGCUCAUUUUUUUCGGGCUUUGGAUAAGGCCUUUCACUGGAUUUUUUUCCCCCACUGAAGGCUGUGGUCUCAGCACAUGGGAAGACAGGAAAAGGGGAGACAUGAGCUGAUGUUGGGGCAGAGAGGGCCUGGGACCCCAUGAGAGUGACACUGACCUACCUGCUUUAUACCAGGGAAACCCCUUUCAAGGGGCACUGGAGUUUGUCCUGGGUGGAUUUCUUACCUCCCUCUUGUGACAGUAGUAGCAGGGAUUUGUAACUCAUCCACACUUUGGAAAUGGAAACAAAUCCCAGCCUCGAGAGCAGCCUGAUUUCAUGGGUGAGUACCUUGGCUCUAAAGCCAGACCUUGUGAGGGGGAGGAGAGAGGCUGUUUAGUGCUUUGGCCAGUGCUCAGCACUAAACAGCAAGAGGUAAGGAGAUCUGUCUCUGAAAGCUUCCAUUAGGCUUCUCUUGGCUGCUGCAAAACAGUAUUAUAAAAACCCCUUACAUUUUGGGGUUAAAUUGGGUCAGAGAUUAGGUGAGGUCCAAUGGGAGCUUGGCAGUGGCCACCGCCCAUGAGCAGGGGCAGGAGUGAUGUUUAGAUAGAGGCUGUGACAUAGUGGGGUGAGUUGUGGUACAGAGCCUGUUGUGUACCUUUACUGAGAUGGAUGGAUGGAUGGAUGGAUGGAUGGAUGGAUGGAUGGAUGGAUGGAUGGAUGGAUGGAUGAAUUCAGGGUCUGCAGAGAUAGAGGGAGGUGUGCAUUCCUCAGGUGCUGCCUAUGCAGUGUCUGCCUCUGGCACAGUCCCUGGAUGGGACAGUGGAGGGGUAUAACCUGACCUGGCAAUUCUUCUCUUGGCUCAUGUCUGUCUUAUUUACCUUCAAAUCUUACAUGCUGAAUGUACAUGGUCUUGGAAUGCAUGGCUACUCCUAUGGUGAGCUCAGAAAAUGAGGUCUAUGGCCUCUGGGAAUAUCAGACACCGUGUCCUGGUGCAGUUGGAGGUUGAUGCCUCCAUCUUUGCCAGGACAGAGGCAGGAGCAGGUGUGUUGGGCUCACAGGAGUUUUAGGAAGCAGGGCUACAGCUCCAGGUGAGAUCCUAGUAGCCUAAAGCACUCUUGGCAUGAGCAGUGAAUGUGUCUCCCAGUAGCAGUGUGUCACUUACAGCCUGGGGAAGAAUUAGAAGCAGAAGAAUUAGAAGGUCCUCCUCUCCUCUCAGAUUUCUGCAGCACAACUUUGCAGAGAAAUUUUCACGGGGAGUUUUGCUUAUGUUGCUCAGAAGAAAGGGAAAUCACCCCCUCCUGCUCGGGUUCAUGUUUUGCCAAGUAAGGUAGUGAUUUUCAGACAGUGACUUCUGUUUUCAAGAGAUGUUUCUACCUUUCCUGUCCCCUCCCCCCCUCUCAGCUCUGGCCUAGUGUGACAUUAGGCACAGCAUCUAUCUAUUCUGCCCUGACCACAGAUCAGGGCAUAGAUAGAUCGGGGGAGGAAAGUGAAGCACCUGCUUCACUCGAGUCUCCAGUUUUACUUUCUAAAAUGUUUUUAUUUCCUUGUCUUCACCUUUGGCAACAGAAGAGGGGAAAAACAGUUCUCAGCCAAUGGCCUUAACCUUUUCUCCACCUCCAAAUCCUGCCUGCCCUUGGAGCACUCGGAUGCAAGGCCACCAAUUUAAUCCAGGAACACCACAGAGGUGGUGAUGGGGGCUGCAGCUCCUCAUCGGGGCAUGUCACUCAUUCGAGCCCUCCCUGCACGGCAAACCUGGUAUGUCCUGUUUGUAAGGGAUUUUUUAACAUGGUCUGUCCUGUUCCCAAGGGAUUUUCCACUUUCUGUGGUCACUUAAUAGUCCAGGUUCAGCACCUGGAACCCACCUCUUUGGCAGUCUGGUCUGGAAAACACCUGUCUGUGUCUGUGUGCGCGUGCCUUGCAGCACAUCCUGCGUGUGUGUAUGUAAAAACCUUUGUGUUGUAUUGCUGCAGCCUGGGAGGGGGAGAGAAUCCAAGCUGCAGAUGCCCCUUCCUUCGUUCCCUGCAUUCACACCAAGUAUCUGUGAUGUCUUUUCUGUGCCAUUCCCACCACGCCAUGCAGCUCCUGAAUUCCUUUCCGGUCCUGGCUUCUCCUCAGUGCAAGGAAUGUCUGGCUGGUGAAGUGCUGAUUGUGUGGUGUGCUCCUAGCCCCUGCUUCCCUCCCUGGGUAGUCGUGUGGGCUCUUUGCUUUAAAAUGAGGCACUUUUAGACUAUCCUGGAUGUGCUGUAGUGCUUUUCCAAGUGUGGGUCUAGUGUUGAGCUGGGCAGAUCCAGCGUAGACGCCGCAGCGCGCCGCAGCCCUGACUUGCAAACACCUCCUGUCCUGCCUUACUGUGCCAGGCUGUGCAGUGCUUUCGUUCUGAGCCAAAAAAUGUCCAGCGAGCACCAGGCCGAGGGAGCAGAUUCCCCCUCUCUCAGCCCCAAAUCUGUGGAAGCAGAAGGCUGAAAUGACUGACCUCGCUGUGCUAAAUAAAUAGUUGUCUUUUCUCGUACUGA